AUGACCACUGCUGACUCUGAUGACUCGGUCAGAGCGAAGAUCCAGUACCUUGCCAGGGACAGCCAGCACCAGCUGGUGAAACCAUAUUAUUUGUACCUUGACUACGACUACGGCCUUGCUCCAACAAACACAGCGGCCGAUGAUCAUUUUGUCCAGAUCCGUAAUGCUCGGAGUCUGGGUAUUCCGUCAAGAGAAAUGUUCUUCGAGUGGGGGUUUGCCCAGCUGCGUCUUGAUUGUCCUUUGACCCCCGAGGAGUAUUGGUAUAACAAGAAAGUGGAAGAGAUCCUAUACCCCAAGUACAAGUCGAUUGCCCGAAUUUUGUUCCCAAAUGCUGCGCGAGUUGAAGUCCUGGAGCACGCAGUUCGCAAACGUCACCCUCGUUGGAUGUCUGCGGAUAUAGAACGACACCAUCUCAAAACGAACCAACCGAGUGAUUAUGUGCACAUUGCCCCGGGGGCAAUCGUCCCCGGGCUCCCCAUCUCCAACCAGUCGCAACAAUGGGUGCAUUCCGUGGUCCAGCCAGCUACUGUACCAGUCGAGGAACUCCGGGAUCGAGUCAAAGCGUGGCUUGCGCCCAUACAGCGUUGUCGGGUUUUCGAGAUCCGCGUGGACCAUCACCACCCGCCAACCCCAGUCUUUAUGUCGGGGUUCUUCGCUGUUUUUGCUGUUUUCGUCAUCGUCAUUUCCCUCCACGUACCGAUGACAGUAGAGAUACAUGCUAUACCACACAUCAUGUUCGUGUCGGACGCGUAA